CCCCUUUUUUUAACAGUCCUAAUCCCAAAAUUCAUUUGCUCCCUUUGAAGCAAAAACAUGUCUGAGGGGAGUUAUUUUUACACACUUCAAGGGGCUCAAAUGAUGGUGUGCAAAGACGUGAUCAUGCAGUUAGUGUCUGAAAUUAGCAUGUUUUUUUUCCUAUACUCCACACUUCACAUUCCUUGUCAAGGUUUUAUUGUGUGGUUAGGAGGCAUGUCUGGAACAAAUACUCGGUAUAAAAACCAAGUGCCUAAACUAACCAGCUACAGCAUAUAUGUAAAAGGGCUAAUUUACAGAGGAAGACAGAGCAUUAAUACAUUCAGUAUAUUUAAAAAAUAAGGCAGCUUGCUUUAUUGUAGCCAGUUUUUCUUUUCAUCAGUGAUGGGAAAGGAACCAAAGUGGAAAAUGGACUACAGACAGGAGUUAAUGGUGCUUCUUGUUUUGGUGACCACAGCCUCAUCUAUUGCUUGGGGCAACAAGGACCUUACUGAAGCAGUGGCGUAUUUAAGGAGGUAUGGCUAUCUGCACAUCCCACUGGACAGUACACAUCUUAACCCUCCACCUGAAAAAAUAGAGGAGGCUCUGAGAGUCUUUCAGAAAGUGUCCAACCUUCAAGUAUCAGGAAACCUGGAUUCAGCCACACUGGAAAUGAUGAGGCAGCCCCGGUGUGGUCUAGAAGAUUCUUUCACUAAUAAUUAUCUCAAAUAUCGGGUCAUGGGUUACUGGCGGAAGAAGAUGCUGACAUACCGAAUUUACAAUUACACCCCUGACUUGGGUCUAGGAAAGACCCGGCAGGCCAUCCAGACUGCUUUUAAAUACUGGAGCGACGUGUCGUCUUUGAAGUUCAGGGAGCUACAUCAAGGAAGGGCAGAUAUAAAAAUCUCUUUUCACACUAAAGACAAAUCAUGCCCGGUACCCUUUGAUGGAAGAGGUCAUGUUUUAGCACACGCUGAUGCUCCCGAGUCAGGCAUUGUGCACUUUGAUGAAGAUGAGCUUUGGACAGAGGGUAAGAGCUCUGGCUCCAACCUCAGGAUUGUGGCAGCUCAUGAGAUCGGUCACGCUAUUGGCCUGGGCCACUCACAGUACUACACCGCACUAAUGGGACCCAUAUAUGCUGGAUACCGCUCUGACUUUAAGCUGCAUCUGGAUGAUAUAAGAGGGAUCCAAGCUUUGUACGGAAAACCAGAGAAGAGUCCUCCAUUUGUAAAUCCUCACCAGCCAGUGCCUGGAGGUGUUGUCCCAGAUCCAUGCAAGGCCACGCUGGAUGCAGUUAUGUUAGCUCCACCAAGUAAGACAUAUGUUUUCAGCGGACAGUAUGUAUGGACGGUGUCCAGCUCUGGCUAUAACACUCCCACUGUGAUUUCUGGGUUGUGGAAGGAGCUGCCAGGAAGCAUUGAUGCAGCUGUUUAUUCCCAGCGGACUGGCAAAUCUUACUUCCUGAAGGGAGACAAAGUAUGGAGGUACACUGGUUUCAAACUUGACAAAGGCUUCCCCAAACAUUUAACCAACAUCCCUGGAAAUAUCGACUCAGCUCUUUACUUCCCCAAGAACAAGAAGCUGAUCUUCUUCAAAGGCUCUGGGUACUUUCCUUGGGAUGAAUAUGGUCCCACUGACCUUCGUUCAUACCCCAGACCUAUUGGGCAUGUCUUUAAUGGGGUACCCAGCAACACUGAUGCUGCUGUGACAUGGACAGACGGCUAUGUGUACGUGUUUAAAGGCAGCCAGCACUGGCGUGUGAGCCAGAGUUAUCAAACAGUGGAGAAGAAGUAUCCUCAGGACACAGCAGCUCACUGGAUGCAGUGUGACGACUGAGCCACCAGAGGCCGUCAGGGGCUCAACACAGACCCAACCUGUCAGUUUAAUAACAGUAAGAGAAGAUAUGAAGGUGAUGAUUUGACUCAGAUUUUUGUCCUGUUUCUAGGAGGUUCUCACAGUUGCCACCUCUAAAUAGCUAUUGUCCUAACUAUUAUGAUGAACAGUUUUCAGACAAAUAGAGGACACUGUUUUACUGCAGAUAUUUAUAGUCAUAUUUUUUAUUUUUUCCCCCCAUUUAUUUAGUCAGUGCUGUAGUCAACAUGCUGAAACAGUGUCUCCUAGUGGAUAUGUACUGUAUUCUUGUGUUGAUAUUUAUUCUGUGAUUUAUGUGGAUUGUAUGUAAGAAAUUCUCAGAAUUAUUUGUUAGCAAAUAAAAAAUCUGUUAAAUUU